CCCUCAAGCUAGGCUGAGCUGUGCCUACGUCGGCCUUGACUCUUGGGGGCUGGAGGAGUUACCUUUGGAGCCCUAAAGGAGGAAGGAAGCAAAAUAUCAACAACAGCCGAGGCGACUCGGACGCUCGGCCCGGGUCCCCCGCCUGCCUGCCCGCCCCCGUGCCCACGACGGGGGCCUAGGCCCCCCGGCGCCGCCCAGGGCCCGCGCGGACGCCGGCCUCAUUUAUUAUUCCCCCCGCCCGGAGCUGCGGCUUCCAGGUGCUGAAGAUCCCCCGGACUAGGGGCGAGGGCUACCCCCUCCCAGCCGUGACACCCCCCUUCCCCCAGUGGGGCCGAACCUGAGGGCAGCAGUGAUGGUGUGGAAGGAGCCUGGAGCAGAGUGCUGGGCCCUGAGUGAAUUCCAUCUUGUGCCUGGCUGUGGCAUGCCAUCACCUCAGGAGGCUGUGCAGAAGGUGUCCUGCAGACCAUGAACUGAGUGCUGGUCCGAGACUGUUCAUGAGCACAGUGUAAGGUGUGCCGAGACCCGCCACCCAGCGAUCCCCUCCCCUCCCUGGCACUGAGCAUCCCCGGAAAAGAUGGGGAGGAAAAAGAUUCAGAUCCAGCGAAUCACCGAUGAGCGGAACCGACAGGUGACAUUCACCAAGAGGAAGUUCGGGCUGAUGAAGAAGGCGUACGAGCUGAGCGUGCUCUGUGACUGCGAGAUCGCGCUCAUCAUCUUCAACCACUCCAACAAGCUGUUCCAGUAUGCCAGCACGGACAUGGACAAGGUGCUGCUCAAGUACACGGAGUACAAUGAGCCGCACGAGAGCCGCACCAACGCCGACAUCAUCGAGACCCUGAGGAAGAAGGGCUUCAACGGCUGCGACAGCCCGGAGCCCGACGGGGAGGACUCGCUGGAACAGAGCCCCCUGCUGGAGGACAAGUACCGGCGCGCCAGCGAGGAGCUCGACGGGCUCUUCCGGCGCUAUGGGUCAGCUGUCCCGGCCCCCAACUUUGCCAUGCCCGUCACGGUGCCCGUGUCCAAUCAGAGCUCACUGCAGUUCAGCAAUCCCAGCGGCUCCCUGGUCACCCCUUCCCUGGUGACGUCAUCCCUCACGGACCCACGGCUCCUGUCCCCCCAGCAGCCAGCACUACAGAGGAACAGUGUAUCUCCCGGCCUGCCUCAGCGGCCAGCCAGCGCAGGAGCCAUGCUGGGGGGAGACCUCAACAGUGCUAACGGAGCCUGCCCCAGCCCUGUUGGGAACGGCUACGUCAGUGCCCGGGCUUCCCCUGGCCUCCUCCCCGUGGCCAACGGCAACAGCCUAAACAAGGUCAUCCCUGCCAAGUCCCCGCCCCCACCCACCCACAGCGCCCAGCUUGGAGCCCCCAGCCGCAAGCCUGACCUGAGGGUCAUCACUUCCCAGGGAGGAAAGGGGUUAAUGCAUCAUUUGAACAAUGCCCAGCGCCUUGGGGUCUCCCAGUCUACCCACUCGCUCACCACCCCAGUGGUUUCCGUGGCAACACCGAGUUUACUCAGCCAGGGCCUCCCCUUCUCUUCCAUGCCCACCGCCUACAACACAGAUUACCAGUUGACCAGUGCAGAGCUCUCCUCCUUACCGGCCUUCAGUUCGCCUGGGGGGCUGUCGCUAGGCAGUGUCACCGCCUGGCAGCAGCCGCAGCAGCCGCCGCAGCCGCCGCAGCCCCAGCCGCAGCCCCAGCCGCCCCAGCAGCCCCAGCCGCCACCUCAGCAGCAGCCCCACCUGGUCCCCGUGUCCCUCAGCAACCUAAUCCCCGGCAGCCCCUUGCCCCACGUGGGUGCUGCCCUCACGGUCACCACCCACCCCCACAUCAGCAUCAAGUCGGAACCAGUGUCCCCAAGCCGUGAGCGCAGCCCUGCGCCUCCCCCUCCAGCUGUGUUUCCGGCUACCCGCCCUGAGCCUGGCGACAGUCUCAGCAGCCCGGCUGGGGCCUCCUAUGAGACGGGGGACCGGGAUGAUGGACGGGGAGACUUCGGGCCCACACUGGGCCUGCUGCGCCCAGCCCCAGAGCCUGAGGCUGAGGGCUCAGCUGUGAAGAGGAUGCGGCUCGAUACUUGGACAUUAAAGUGACGGUUCCCACUCCCCUCCUCUCAGCCUCCCUGAUGAAGAGUUGACAAUCUCACCGCCCACCCCUCCCUGUCCUGGGCUCCUCCCGCUCGACCCCCACUUCCUUUCUUGUGCUCCGUGUCCUGUUGACGGUUACAUUUGUGUAUAAUUAUUAUUAUAUUAUUAUUAUUAUAAUAUUUUUUUUAAUUUGGAUUCUCGCUUUGGAGAGGGGGAUGCUCCCAUCCCCUCUUUCUGCACCCCCCACCAGUUUCACUGGCUGGGGGGCUCUUUUUUGCGGGAAGGGGGGGACACUUUGCACGUUGUACACAUAUGCUGCAGGAGGGGGUGGGGGGCCCGAUAGGCCUUGGGAAAGGACAGGUGCCGAGCCCUGCAUGCGGGGCCCUCCCACCCCAUCCCCCAGACAGAGGGAAAUAACCAAAAACUACCAAACAACAAAAACCCCUUACAAUAGACUGAAACCCCAAAGUCGGCCUCAUGGGUGGUUUUGUGUUUCAGGGGGAAAGUGAGGCAGAGGUUCUGAAGAAGGUCUCUGCUUCUUGGCUGUUCCUAUGGCCACAGGCACAUGGGGCAGAAUACCCAAGCCUGGGCCCCGGAGGCCCCUGCACACACACCACACACUCUCAACUGGUUCUUGUGUGAUCUGCACCUCCAGGGUGUGCGGGUGCUGGCUGAGGUUUGGGGCUGGGAAGGCUGCCUGGGAAUUGAGGCUGGAGGGGAGGGGCUUGAGGUAGGGCCCCUAUGAAGCACAGUUGGAGAGAAAGAGAGCCAUGAGGAGAGGGCUGAGGAGGGGCAGAAGGGCUGGGGCAGGGGGUGAAUUGGGGGCCCCCUCCCUUCCCCAGCACUUUCUCUAAGAUACACAGUGCAAUAGCUCCCCAUCCCUCAGUUGCCACCAGCCCUGUAAAGCUGGCCACAGAGCGCAGGGAGAACUGGGGAGAGUGAGGUGGCUCAGCAGGAGACGGCCUCAGGCAUCCCGGGGUGCCUGAGGACUGGAAACCCUUGCAUCCAGGGACUAGCGUGAGUGAGGGGACUUGCUCUUCCUUGCACGUACACAUACCCAGAGGAGUGGACACUGGGGUGGUGUGUGAGGGUGGGAGAGGGGAUGGAGAAGGUCCGCAAAAGGCCUGCCUCCCUUCUUUCCUCCUUGGCCCCUCUCCCCAGCCCUCCUCCCAGCUCCUUCCGCUCCUGACCCCACCUCCCUGCUCUUGGCGCCCUCAUUGUCUCGCUACCUCCUGUCCCACCACCCCCAGGCCGCAUCCCACCUUCUGUCUUGGCUACUGUAAUUGUAAAUAGCAACCUUUGGAAAACGUUAGCAGUGUAACAGUCCAGGAAACUGUUUUUUUUGUUGUUGUUGUAUUGAUAUGAAAUGAGAUUCUAUUUUUGUCAAAGUAUAUUGUAAUAAUAAUGACUCAAACGGCCCGUACUGUA